CUCACUUGCAGGGGUGGGGAAAGGGGAGUGGAGAGAGCGCAUUCUCUGCUGACUCUAUUCACCCUCCUUUUAGUCUCUUUUAAACUAGAAGGAGGAAAAAGAAGAGAAGAGCCCACUUUGGGGGAGCAGCAAGCUUGAACCUCAGAGAGCACCCGGGAUCGGGGGGCAGCGGCUGGGCAGCUCUCAGAAUCUGUCUGCAGCUGCUGCUCCAGCAGCGCCAUCUCUCUGUCUAUCCUCCUCCUGCGGCUGCUACAGCUCCAGAGGGCAAAGCCGGAGCCGAAGGGAAGCAACAGGUUUACCGUCGCGCAACUCUAUUCAGGGAGAAGAAAAAGACAAGGCUUUGCAGGACUCUGGAAAAUAGAUGAGACAGGGCCUGGACCUCUGUGGCAGGACCCGGUAGCGUCGUACGAGGUCCCCCCGAGGCAUUCUUUACUAUCAGAUACCUCAACUCCAGGCUAAGUGGCUGCCGGAGCACCACACACGGAAUAGGACACACCACAGCCCCCAGAAUCCUGACUUCUUUGCGGUUCUUCCCACUCUAGUCCUCGUCUAGCUUUUAGACCUCUUCAACUCUAUUGGGGUAAAGUUCUUAUUUCAAGAAGUACAGAGACUGUCGUUGUUGCUGUCAAGAGUUGGUCAGUAGGAAAAAUUUUGUGCCAUUAACCUGCUGCUGUCUAGUCAGUCAGUCAACAAGCAAUUUAUCAAGCCCUUAAUAUGCGGUUGGCACUAGGCUGAGCUCUGGGAAUACGAAGAAAGGCAGAUACAUCUUGGGUGCUGCCCUGUGUUCUCUCCUCAUUGGAAGAACUCAACCUUUCCAGAAAGAACUUCGCACUUUCUGAGGCUUAGCCAAACGCCUCCACGCCCUUCACCCUCUGCUCCAUCCCGCGCUUCAUCGUCCUGUUUCCAGCUGCAGUGCCUUCUUCUGCUCUCUGGGCUCAAACUUAGACCAUGGAGCCCCACCUCGCUAUGGAAAACCAAAGUGAAGGAGCUGAGGAGGGCUGGAACGGGACUCAACCGGAGCUGACAGACCGGGAUCUCAAACCUCUCUUCGGUCUCGGCAUUGAGAAUUUUAUUACACUGGUGGUGUUCGGGAUGAUCUUCGCUUUGGGCGUUUUGGGCAACACUCUGGUGAUCACAGUUUUGGCCCGUAGUAAGCCAGGAAAACCCCGCAGCACCACAAACCUAUUCAUCCUUAACCUGAGCAUAGCUGACCUGGCGUAUCUGCUCUUCUGCAUCCCUUUCCAGUCCACCGUGUACGCUCUGCCCACCUGGGUGCUAGGUGCCUUCAUCUGCAAGUUCACCCACUACUUCUUCACCGUCUCUAUGCUGGUCAGCAUCUUCACCCUUUCUGCCAUGUCCGUGGACCGCUACGUUGCUAUUGUCCACUCGAGGCGCUCUUCCUCUCUGCGGGUCUCCCGUAACGCUCUGGUGGGCGUGGGGGUCAUCUGGGCGCUCUCUAUAGCUAUGGCCUCUCCGGUGGCUUAUCACCAGCGCCUUUUCCAUCGAGAAAUCAGCAACCAGACCUUCUGCUGGGAGCAGUGGCCCAACCAGCAGCACAAAAAGAUUUACGUGGUCUGCACCUUCGUCUUCGGGUACCUGCUCCCCUUGCUGCUGAUCUCCUUCUGCUACGCUAAGGUCCUUAAUCAUUUACAUAAAAAAUUGAAAAAUAUGUCAAAGAAGUCAGAAGCAUCGAAGAAAAAGACAGCACAGACAGUCCUUGUGGUAGUAGUCGUAUUUGGCAUAUCCUGGUUGCCACAUCAUGUGAUUCACCUCUGGGCUGAAUUCGGAGUCUUUCCAUUGACUACAGCCUCCUUCUUGUUCAGAAUCACAGCACACUGCCUGGCUUACAGCAAUUCUUCUGUUAAUCCGAUAAUAUAUGCGUUUCUCUCUGAAAAUUUUAGGAAGGCUUACAAACAAGUUUUUAAGUGUCAGAUUGGCAGCGAAUCACCUCAGAAUGAUGCUAAAGAAAAUAAAAGUCGGAUAGAGACCCCACCAUCCACCAACUGUACUCAUGUGUGAGUCAAACAAAUGAUGAUGCAUUCAGGUAUUGUUGGAUUUCAUGCAAGUGGAUUAGAAUUACAGAAAACAAAGCACAAUGGUCUCUUGGAGAAAUCUGCAACUAAAUCUGGAUCUAAAAAUUGGCUUAGUUACUGAAAUUCUGCAUGUUCUAAUUUGUAAAUUCUUUUACCUUGCAUUCAUAAGGUUUCCUAGUUGAUUUAGGAAACCUUUUGGAAGAUUCAAUUUAAGGCAAGCAACUUCUUUCUCUUCUAAAAAGACAUCCCAUGGAAUUGAGAAAAGAAAUGGUUUUUGCUAUAUUUCUCUUCAAGGAAAAUUAAAUGGCACUUCCAUGGAUCGUUUCAAUUUUCUGAUGACUAACUUAACAGUUCCACCAUCAUAAAAUGAGAUGAUUGUGAUGUAGCUUUGAGAACAAAACUAUGUCACGGAAACAAUGUUUAAUUUCUUUGACUUCAAGAGAAAAACUUAACUUUUAUAGAUUAUGCACCAAUACAUUUUGUAGUAGUGGAAAGAACAUUGGAUCUAGAGAGAAGGAAUCUAAGAUUGCAUUAUAGCCAUUUACUUCUUUCGUGAUCAUAGGCAAGCCAUUUCAUCUCUGAGGGCCUCAAGUCUCUUCAUGUGUAAAAUGAAGGUGGUGGUGGACAAGAGAAUUUCUAAGCCCUAAAUUCUAUGAACUUUUCUUGAUCUUGGAUAUGCCAUCAAACUUUGAUUUGAAUUGAAGAUUGUCUUUCUUGACUUUUAAAAACAAAAUUAGCACCUUCACUGAGGAAUUUUAACUUUAUCUCUAGUGGUCAGAUUUAUAUGAUAUAUGAUGUAUUUUACAUGACUGCUGGAGCAUCUGCAUUAUCCAUGGUAUGAGAUUUCUUGCCUUAUUUUACAGUGAUGCAGAAAAUUAAUGUGAUUUCAAAAGUCCAAGGAAAACAGUAAACUUUAGCUUGCGACUAUCUAAAGGACUUGGCAGCAUUAGGCACUUUAAAUUAAUUAGUGCCUCAUAAUUUGUGAUUUUGUUCAAUGAAGUCAAUGAAGCAGAAUGGGCCAAAUCUCAAUGUAAGACCACAAAUCAUGUUUACCUUGUUGUUAAUAGAAAGUAUACAAGAAUCUGGAGAGAUAACUUGGGAUUCAGGGCUUUGUCCAGGUACUUUGCUGAUGUAUGUAAAUUUUUUUACAGUGCGUGACCCCUCUUAUGUCUGACAAGAUUUGUGUGGAGAUAUAGCUGUGUGGCAAAGAACUGGGUAAAGCAUAGUCCUAUGCAAUAAUGUUUGUUCCUAGAGGAGAUAAUGCUUUUUAAGGCUCACUGAAAAUCUGGCUCAGGUUGCAUUAGUUUGGACAAAGAUUAAUUUUUGAAAUGAAUAUAUCUUUGUCUUGUACUAUCCAAGUCCAAACAAAAAUGUAUUAGCAUUUCAUUAUGAUGAUCCCUCCAAAUGUUCUCCCUUUUGUAAGCUUUUUAGUUGGAUAUAAAAGCAUGGAUAUUAGUGUUUGAAAUAUAAUUUUUGUGGUAAUUUAAAUAUUUAUUGAUAUUUACACUAGGAAAUAGUGUGAAAAGAUUAUAAAAUUACUCCCAGACUGUGAGAAUCCAGUAUAUUCUGGGCAUAGGAGACUUAAGACCAGAUGAGUCUUUUUUCCCUUGAAGUAUUUUUGUGCAUUAUCCAAGUCAGUCAAAUCAUAGCUAUCCAAUAAAAUAGCAGCAUAUAAAUAUGAAUUAAUCUUAAACCUCCUGGCAUUUUUGCCUCAUUAUAUGCCUCAGCAACUGAUUAACUUCUUUUCAGCGACAUAUUUUCAAUGAAUGGAUUGAACUGGUUUUUUCCUUAACUAUUCUGACAGCAAACAGUGUUUCCUUAUGAAAUGCCAUGAGUUAUGUUUCUGUGCAAUAAACAUAAAUUGUUAGCAAGGUCGAUAAAAUAUGAAUUUGGAUACAUUCAUGGGCCCAUGAAGUGUGUGUGUGUGUGUGUGUGUGUGUGUGUGUGUGUGUGUGUGUGUGUGCCAAGUAUGCGAUGAGUCUUUUGCACAGUAAUUUUGUGUAUUUUAUUAGACAUGCCAUAAAAACUAUGUUAUCCUGAAAGUAAUACAGAGAAUACUUUCCAGAGCUUAAAAAUCUCCUUUCAAAAUGUCAAAGCAGCUUCAUCUUAACAUAUGUUUUUUUGAGUAAACUUUGACAGCAAUGUAGAGUGGCACCUGGGUAGGCUUACAGACUUUGCUGGUCAAGUGGGACCCUUAACCAUUCUCUUCUGUCAAGCUAUAGGUGAGAGAGCAUGGUGACUGUUAUUCUCAGAGCUUUUGUUUGCUAACAGUAUGUUGAGCAUUAGUUUUAGUUCUUCCCUUUCCACUUCCAUAUUCCUACCCAGCUGCUUUUGCUGUGGGAUGAGCUGCAGCGUAAGUGUAAUAUUUUAAUACAAAAAAAUCAUAAAUGACAUUUAUAAAGCUCUUAGCCCUUGACUAGCUGCUUUAUGUUCAAACACAAAUUCAAAUAAUCUCAUGUUAUAGCUAGAGAGAAUAUCCGUAUCUGUAUCUACUUCAUCUUGACAGUUUCCCUUGUCAAUAUUUUAUGGUAUAUCAUGCUUCUAAUAAAUCAUUUAAAAAGAUAAUUGUAAUCCUUACCCUAGAUUUGUAGUUCAGAUGAAAAUUUCCAGAUAUUAAUGAAUAAUAGAGGGCAAGAGAAGGGUUGUAGAUUUAUGCUAUAAAGGAGCAUCUUUCCCCUCUUUCCCCGGAAAUGCUUCCUCGGCCUUUUCCUAUCAGUUAUUUUCUGACUAAUUUCUAAACUAGAAUUCAUCUGAAAAAUUUUGAAGCUCUUGAUAGUUAGGCAUUAAAUAAACCCUAAAUCCCAAAUACAUUCUUUUUCUUCUAGCAAAUCUGAAAAAGAAAUGUAGUAUUUGCCUUUAACGUCUGGUUACCUGAGAAGCAUGUUUACUGCCUAGCUUCAAAGAGAAUAGAUAAAGCUUUCCUCUGCAACUUAGCCUCCUCUGUGCUCCAAGGCAGCUGCUCUUCAGUGUUUUUUACUUUUGCUGAGGGAUAUAGAAUCUACAGCAUUUAAAAUAAUCCCAAGAUGCUAUUUCAUGUGUGAAAGUAAACUUUUACAGCUGCCCACUGAUGAAUAUAAUGGCUGUGCAGGAAGAACCACAACCAGAUACCCAAGACACAUCUUAGAGCUAUCCUUUCCCCCCUACUUCUGGCCAGGUUUCUAGAACCAAAGCAGAGUGGAGGACUUGGGAUAUUUUCCAGAUAAUUUAAUUAACAUAUCUGCCCUUUUGCUGGAUUAACUGCAUUCUACACAUUGCAAGUGGUGCUGUAGCUUAUUUACAUUGAUCCUCUUUUCUGUUUUUGUUUUUAGCAUUCAAAAUCAUCUCUUUUUGCAGCGCUAAUCGUUUUUCAUUACAAAUACACAUAAACCUUAAAUUUCAAUCUUGAGACUAGAGACAAUUGUGCUCUCUGUCGCAUACAUAUUUAUAUAUAUGAAAGAGGAAAGUGCAUUUUCAAAUUACAUGAAUCAGGGGGUCACGGAACAUUCAGUCAAAAAACUUCUUGGCAGGUUUAUACAGUAAUAUUGUAGAAAUCCAUAUUUGCUGAAUUCCUUCAAAAGCCAAGAGAAGGAAGCAGUGUUAACUGUAGCAAAUCCACUGCCUGCUUGAGUCAGGUUACUUUUUUGUGUAAAAGAUGAUCACUUAUGUAAUUUUUUAUUUCCUUUCCCCUAGAAUAACAGAAAACACAUCUUUUGCUCAUACAUUUUAAAAACAUCAAUUUUAGGGACACUUUAUAAAAUGACAUUCUAUAUCUUUGUCAAUAUUAUUAAUAGCAGGAAGUACUUAUUAGCUCAUAUAGUAAUUUAGUUUCUUUAGCACUGUGAAAAGAUUAGAUAAAGUGAAUUGAUUUCUGCCCUUUUAAGAGUUUGCAAUCUAAAAUCUAUAAUAUUUUAUAUGUACACAAAAUCUGUAAGAUUAUAUAUGUAUAUGUACUCCACAUUCUCUGCUAUUUUUGUUAAGAUUAAUCACACUUUUCAUGAGCUAUGCUGCUAUUUUUGAAGAGGUUUGCAGACGGCUAGAAACUGACCCUUUUCCAUACAUUCCAGUGGUCUGAAUCUUCUAGCUCCUCUCAUUCCAGUGUAAAAAUAAACAAAACAAAAACAAAAACAAAGAAUAUGUAUGAACAUAAGUGUGUAAGUAUAUACAU